AUGUUGACUAGAAACCCUAUUGUCCCCGAAAAUCAUGUUUCUAAUCCGAUUGUGGAUUAUGAAUUCAACCAAGAUCAAUCAUGCCUCAUAGUAUCGACACCAAAAAGCUUCGAUAUAUACAACGUACAUCCGUUGAAACGUAUCAUGAGUCAAGAGAUGCCCGAUGCUGGUACCAUCAGAAUGUUGCAUCGCACAAACUACAUUGCAUUUGUUAGUACAAAGAAAGAGUUACUUCAUAUUUGGGAUGACGUUAAGAAACAAGAUAUCACAAGAGUUAAGCUCGAUGCUGCUGUUAAGGACUUGUUUCUUUCAAGGGAGUUUAUAGUAGUAUCACAGGGCGAUGUGAUAUCCAUUUUCAAGUUUGGUAACCCCUGGAAUAAGAUUACUGAAGACAUUAAGUUCGGAGGAGUGUGCGAGUUUGCCAAUGGAUUGUUGGUGUACUCCAAUGAGUUCAAUCUGGGUCAGAUCCACGUAACUAGAUUGCAGACCGAUGCAGAGCAGGUUGUUGGAAAAGGUGUCCUAGUGAAGGCCCAUGCCAAUCCAGUGAAAAUGGUAAGAUUAAAUAGGAAAGGAGACAUGGUUGCCACUUGUUCGCAGGAUGGAACGCUAAUUAGAGUUUUCCAAACGGACAAUGGAGUCUUGGUUCGAGAGUUUAGAAGAGGACUGGACAGAACUAGUAUUAUAGAUAUGCGUUGGUCACCAGAUGGAUCAAAAUUAGCUGUUGUCAGUGACAAAUGGACGUUACACGUUUUUGAAGUGUUCAAUGACGCCGAGAACAAGAGACACGUACUUAAGGAUUGGAUCAAUAUAAAGUACUUCCAAAGCGAGUGGAGCAUUUGCAAUUUUAAAUUGAAGGUCAGUAAAGGAUCCAAUGACUGCAAAAUCGCAUGGAUAUCAGAUACAGGUCUCGUUAUAGUAUGGCCCAAUAGAAGGUUGGCAGAUACUUUUAAAUUGAACUACAACGAUGACGAGCAUGUAUGGUGGCUCCAACUAAACCAAAGAAACGAAAUACCCUUAUAA